AUGCUGCGCGGGAGCCUGGCGGAGGGGAACGAGGUCCAGUGCAAGGACGCCUCCGUCGCUGCGCGCGCGAGGCAGCUGGACCUGCGGCCGGGGCCAGAGCAGCAGCACAGGUCCCUCUUCGUUGUCUGGGACAGCCGCCUGGUCCACCAGGGGCACACGCACCGCCAGAGCGCGAGGGGAUGGAGCCCCCCGCUGAUCCGGCCGCGCUUCUUCGCGCCCGCCGACGCCGCGUCCUGGCGCCGCGCGCUGGGCGAGGAGGGCUACGUGGUCGUCGCCGACGUGCUGCCGGAGGAAGACGUCGAGAAGGCGCUCGCGAUGCUGCUGGGCGACCUCCAGAUGCUCGCCCCAGAGGUACAAAGCCUGGAGGAGGUCCGCGAGCACCACCUGCCGCCCGCCAUGGGCCUCAACGACCUCCGGGCCGCCGGAGGGCUGUGCCACGGCGGCUUCGCCUGGUUCCUGCGCUGCCAUCCGCGGGUGGCCGACUUCUUCCAGAGGCUCUUCGGGCUGCCCGCCGGCACGCCGCUCACGGGGUCAGUGGACGUGGUGGCCCUCGCGCCCCUGGGGAGCGCCGCGAGCCAGGGCAAGCAGUGGCUCCACCUGGACUACUCGCCGCCGCAGGGCACGAUAAUUGCGAGCUUCAUGAAAUACUUGGGCGUCAAGCUCGGCCCGGGCGCAACGAACGACAUGCAGUGGGCGGAGGCGGCAGGCAAGUACCACAUGCGCUUGUGUCUACUCCGGGACUGCCCGGCGCCAAACGAGGUGAUAGUGCGCGACUACAACUCGGCGGCGCUGCCCGUGCUGAGCUACCUCAUGCAGUUCUUCGUUAUAGACCCGAAGCUAUAUUUCAGCGAACUUGAUGGUUUACAUCGCGUCCUGCGCUGCCCUCCCAAGGCGUUCACCAGAAACGACCUGCUCAGCAUGCGGCGCUGGGUGUCCAUGACGUCCUUCACGUCGAUGCUCGCCCUGUCCUUCGCUACGAUGUGGCGCGCAGCGGCGGUCACCAUGACAGAGUGGCCGAGAUGGCUGGAGAGCUUGCGCGAGCAUGCGCUUGAGGAGGGUUUGGCGACACGGGUGGUGCAGGGGCUGUGGUCUGCUCCGUUUUGGAAAGAAGAGCGCGCCAUGGUCCAGACGUUCGAUGACCACCUCUCGGCGCGCCCUCACGCUCGACUUCGUCGUAACGGCGUUCGCGCGGCAGCCAGUCUCAACAAGGCCCGGAGGGAGAUCGAGCAGCACGCGAGGCGUUCCCAGGGACGCGACAGCGUCCCCGUCCAGAAGGCGAUCUACCAGUCCUUGGCCCAGGAGCUUCAUGACGACUCCUUCCACGUCACCAUCGGGAAGAGAUUGGAGAAAUGGCUGGCUGAAGAUGGCGAGGUGGUGCCCGGAGACCUCCAGGAAAGGUGGCAUCGUCUCCGCGCCACCCUCGCUACCCUGAAGCCUGGGGUGUGCUGGGCGGUGGUGAAAACCCUGGCUGGAGCAUGGCCGACAAGCCACCGAAUGCACGUGUUAGAUGAGCGCCUGACGUGCAGGUUCGGCUGCCAGGCCGAGGACGACAUAUGCCAUUACCUACGAUGCCCGCGCGCUUGGCAUUUAGUCUCCCUCCCGAGAUGGAUCCCUUCCGCACGACUGCUUGUCCGACUCGGCCUCGGGCUUCCGGAGGACCAGAUCGAGGAUGAUGAGCUUCAGCGGGCGGCAGUGCGCAUAGCUUUGAUGUACCACCUGUACAACAUCAUCCGUCACGAAAUCGCAGACAACACCUACGACUACAACAUGCACACCAGUGCCCUGAGUGCUGCCCGGCAGCGCGUCUAG